AUGAAUGGUACCAAUAGUGAUCUUAUCUUAGCUGGCUAUGGCUAUGGCUACUGGCCACUGGAUCUCAACUUUAUGCCUAGCCUAUCGAAUGGACAUCUAGGCUAUACGGUAUUUGGCAAUGCCGUGUUCAUGAAUGGCGUAUACAAUGGUGCUGGCGGGGAUAGCAGACGUGCUCGUAUUCCCAACUGGAUAAAUAUAACUGCCGAAUUGUGUAAUCCAACUGGUUGCCAAAUAAGCAAUGAUUUCACUGAUAUCAGCUAUGAGAUGGAUCUGCGUGGCGGCUACUUUCGAUAUAAGAAAAAUUACGAAUCUCUGGGCUUAACACUGGAGCAACGCACCUAUCCACAUAGAUACUAUAACAGGGCACUGAUAUAUGAAGUGUUAGCUUACAGACAGACAAGUGUUGCUUUAACUCAUGACACGCAGUAUCUAAAGCUAAGCCAACAGCCUGGCAAUGCUAGCGACGCCUUCAAUUUCGUAGUGCUCAACAAUGGCAGCGUUGCUUUAGAAGAUUAUCGCCUUCUGCGCGGAGUCACUAAAGUUGUGGAGCUAAAAGAAUUCCAACCGAAUCCUCAUGAAAUUUACGUGCUCUUUAGUGAAUCAUUGGAGCAGCCACUUAUACUGAAUUGGCCCACGUGGCAGACGGAGCUGCGCCAUCGAAUCAUUAUUUGCAUCGAUCGUCAGCAAAGUGUAGUCCGCAAGGAGCUGCAGGAUAUGCUCCAGCUAACUCCAGCUGCAUUGUUGCAAAGUCAUGUUGAUGCAUGGACCGACUUUUGGGAUAAACAGUUCUCGAUUGAAAUCAUUGGCAAUGCAUUAGAAUUGUCGCGCAUCGUCAAUGCGGGCAUCUUCUACAUGGCCAGCUCCUUGCCAACGCUGAGCAGCAAUCAGGCGAAUGGGCCCUACUAUGGGCAAAGUCCUACGGGCUUGGCACGUGGCAAUUUGGACGCAGACUAUGAGGGUCAUAACUUUUGGGAUACGGAAAUUUGGAUGUUGCCCGUAAUAACGCAGUUUAACUUUGAGUUUGCCAAACAGUUGCUCGACUAUCGCUACAAUCAUCUGAAAGGCGCCAGAUAUAAUGCUCAAGCAAUGGGCAACCAAGGCGCAAGAUUUCCCUGGGAGAGCGCCUUCACUGGCACUGAGGUGAUCAAUCCCUGCUGUCUGGAGAUUGCUCAACAGGAAAUACACAUAUCGCCAGAUAUAUCCUUUGGCCUGCAGAAGUUCUUUGCCCAGUCGAAUGACUACGCUUGGCUAUGCCAGCGGGCAUGGCCCAUAGCUGCUGAGGUGGCGGAGUUUCUGGUCAGUCGCUCAACAUGUGAAGAGACUUGUCACUUUUAUAAUAUCAUGGGACCGGACGAGGAUCACAGCAAUGUGGAUGACAACGUCUAUACGAAUGCAGUAGCGAAAAUUGCAUUAGACUUUGCCGUUUGGGCGGGCAGUAAUUGCAGCAAUAGCAGCGCUGAGCUAUUCGAGAAAUGGCAGCAGCUCAGGGACAAGCUAAUCAUCUUACACGAUGUCAAGCUGGAUUAUCAUCCACAGCAUUCGGGCUACAAGCUGAACGAGACUGUGAAGCAGGCGGACACAAUAUUACUUGGAUAUCCAUUGCAGUUCGAUACCAGCGCCACACACCUAAAUGAUUUGCAAUAUUAUGCGAAUGUUACACGUGCAAGUGGUCCAGCUAUGACCUGGUCCAUGUUUGCUGCCAAUUAUCUAUCCACGAACCAGAGCUCGCGUGCCCAUGAGUACUUUGCCCGUGGUUAUCAAAACUAUGUGCAUAAGGAGUUCAAGGUGUGGAGCGAGGUGCCCAUUGGCUAUAAAGGCUCAGCCAAUUUCCUAACUGGCAUUGGUGGCUUUCUGCAAUCGCUUAUCUUUGGCUACGGCGGCCUUAGCUUUGCACGUGCCGGCGACACAUCGCAGAUGCAGCUCUCAACACCGAACGUGCCGCCCGAAGUACAGCAAGUGCUGAUUAGAUAUAUACAAUUUGCCCAGAGCAAGUGUUUUUGGAGUUUUAAAUACAACAGCUCCAAUAUGAUCUGUACGGGUCCAGCGAAUCAAAGCUUUGAACUUCUUCAGGGAAAUCAACGCAAACUCUUGGGCAAUAGGUUUAAUGUGACUUUAAACAGAGGUGAUGCGGCUAUGUACAUUAACGUGUUGAGUUCAGCAGUACGAGAAUAACGACAGCAGGCA